AAACAGUCCACUUCCUGGGCUGCCAGAGAGCUUUUCUGGUCGGAUUAUUGCGAUGCUGGUACCUCUUGAGGUACCUCAGCCUUGAAGGGAUCCUUUUCAUUUAGAAUCCGUGUCUUCUCUUAAGUAAUUGAUCACUGUGCACCCGGGGACACCCAGUUCACAGCCGAGUGGGAUCAGCCUUCAUGAAUAAUCAAAAUGCCGUGGCCACACUGCUGGAGGAGUGCAAGCGAGCUCUGGACACACUCCUUUUGGCGAAGGCUGACACAGGCGAGGAAGAUGAGCGAGAAUACUGUCAGUGCCAAGCUUUGCUUCCUGAGGACUUGAAAACCCUUCUGGAAGAGGCAAAGGAAAUGAAGUGGCCCUUUGUGCCGGAGAAGUGGCAAUACAAACAAGACCUUGGCCCAGAAGACAAAACAAACCUGCAAGAUAUGAUCAGCGCAAGGCUUCCUGAUUUGCUGGUUUAUUUGAAAGCCUCCAUCAUGGUCAAGGACUGCGCAACGGCAACUGCUAUUGUGUUCCUGAUUGACCGGUUCCUGUAUUGGAUUGAUGCCUCAAAAAAACUUCUUCAGAUUGCCAAGGGUCUGCACAGGCUGCAGCCCACCGUGCCGAUCAGUCCUCAGGUGCUCAUCCGCCAGGCUCGCCUCUCUGUCAACACAGGUAAACUUCUAAAAGCUGAAUAUAUCCUAAGCAGCCUUAUUAAUGACAAUGGAGCAACAGGUACCUGGCGAUACGCUAAGGAAAGUGAUAGGACUCUGGUUCAGUCAGUCUGCUUACAGAUCAGAGGACAGAUUCUGCAAAAGCUUGGGAUGUGGUACGAGGCAGCAGAGUUGAUUUGGGCAUCAGUUGUGGGAUAUUUCAAGCUUCCUCAACCGGAUAAAAAGGGAAUUGCUACUUCCUUAGGUAUUAUGGCAGACAUCUUUGCCUCCAUGAAUGAGAAGGAUUAUGUACGUUUUAAAACCAGUGCUGAGAUUGACCUGAGCCUUCUCCAAGAGUCCAGUCAUCGCUUAUUAUCAGCUGCUGAGGCCUGCAAACUAGCAGCAGCUUACAGCCAGUACACCCCACUGUUUGUCCUCACAGCCGUGAACAUCCGUGGGGUGUGUUUGCUGUGCUAUAGUCAUUCCAAGGACUGUCCUCCAGAAAAGAGAAAGUUCUACUUGUCCGAAGCCAAAGAAUCCUUUGAGAUUGGCCUCCUCACCAAGAAUGAUAAGAGUCCCAUCACCAGCAAGCAGGAGCUCCAUAGUUUUAUUAAAGCUGCUUUCUGCCUCACAACUGUGCAUCGAUGGCUCUAUGGGGAGGGUGAGAAACUCCGUGAGGUGAGUCAACUAUGUAGAGAAGCCAUGGAAAAACUUCAUUCAUACAGCGCUCCAUUUACAGAAGAGAAAGAGAAAGGAAUGCUUGCCAAGGAGAUCAUGUCUCUGAUCACGUCUGUGAAGAAGCGCCUGCAAGUGGAAAGCUUCCCUAAUUCUGAUGUCAGGUCUUACGUUCCAGAUAGUUAUAAAGGGAAAGUGGAAAAACCUAUCCUGCCAUGGGAAGCCAGCUUUGAGAAAAUCCUUGCCAUGCAUUCUCAGCAUCAUCUGUCAGUAUGUGAAGUGUUUGAAAAUACUUGCAGGAUUCAUAAAACCACUCCGGGAGAAACCCAAGUGGGAGCUUGUAUCACAACCUUAAGAACAGAAACCGGAAACAUAGACACUGUGUGUACUACUGAAGAAAUAGGGUACCAGAGGAAAGGCACUGCGAAAACGCUGAAUUCAGCAACAGCAGGAAGUAGCUCAGAGAGAUUCAGUGGCCAGAGAAAUAAAUGCAUUGGUUCUGAUGUGAUGAAAAUGUCCUUAGAAGAAGAGAUCAAGCCAUUAGAAAUAGAAGUAAGUGAUGAAAACAGUGUUUCCAGCAGAUGGCAAAACAGGAGUCCUACUUCAGAGAGCUCUUGGUGCAAGCUGUCAAAAUCAAGUUACUCUUCCAGCUGGGAGGAACUAAACUGUAAUAGCAGCAAAGGGUCUCCCAGGGAAGGGCAGCAGCAGGAAAAGGGCUCAGCGGAGGAAGAGUGUUGCACAACAGAAUCUGAUGAAAAUGCUCAAGGUGCAUACUUGCGCCCAUUGCCUCCCAGAGCCUGGCCUCCUUCUCCUCGAGAGCCUGUACGUAGCUCCUGGGGAUCUCCUCAGCCUCCCUUAGAGGUAGAUGCACCUCUCGCUGGGAGGCUGGUAGAGAAGGCAUCUCUUUGCGGAGGAGAGCUGCAGGAGGGAAGACACUGUGGAAAGAGCUCUUCAGAGAAGGAAGAAGGGGAGAUGAAGAAUGUGGUUCCUUCCCUCUCCACCCUUUACUCUGUUCCUACCAGGCGGAAGGAGGAGGAGGAGGAGAUGAAUUUCUCCUCCCGGGCAGAGCUGGGCUGCAGGACCAAGGACAGCGGCAGGGAGGGCGGUGGCGGAGCCCCCUGGUCCCCGCCCCGCAGCCGCUUUGUGGGUGCCCGCCCAGAAGCAGAAACUGCAGAUAGCACAGAGGAUCCCUCGUUGGAGGCACGUCCCCUCACAAAUGGGGGGGCUUCUGCAUUGUCGACGAGCAUCGAGCCGAAAAUGGCCAGCGAAUCUGCGCGUGACUGGCUGAGGAAAUCUGCUGUGGUGGGAAAUGGGUCUCUCAAAGUGCCUGAAGUUGACACUCAAGCAGAAACACUAGAUGACACGGAAUUUGAUUUUAUCAAUACUGGAGACUUAAACAAUUAUCCUAUGGCGUCUGUUCCGAAGCAUCAAUCAACUCCCAGUGCAACAACAGCUUUGCCCUUGGGAGGAAAGAUACCCGUAACCAAGCACUUUGACUGUAUCACUACUGAAGAAGACGAAGAAAAGUCUUGGGACAUGGUGAGCAGGAAGACACAAUCCAGUUCGUCUCUAAGUUCAUGGUGCAAAUCAGUGCAGAUGCCCAGUAGUUCCCCUGAAGGUUCAUUUCUGAAUCCAAGUGGUUUUGUCUUCAUGCCUGGGAGAAUGAAGCAAGAAAUCCUUGAUGCUCGAUUUCUGAGCGAUGAUGAUUACAUGAAGCUUCUGGCAGGAGUAGAACAUAAUUGGCUUGUCCAGAGACUGAUGCCUACUGGAAUUUUUAAAUCUAAACAGCUUCGUAAAUCAUACUCUGCUCUUCUUUUAAAAUACUCAAAGAAAUCAGGCCUCUGGACAGGCCAAGAAACAGCUGUAUUCAUUGGGGACUACCUGAACGUGGCAAAGGAAGGCAAACAGAGAAGUGCAUUUUGGAUACACUUCCUGCACCAAGAGGAAAGCCUGGGAAGGUAUGUUGGGAAAGAAUAUAAAGAAGAAAAAGGACUACUUCAUCAUUUCAGUGACGUGGAGAGGCAAAUGACUGCCCAGUACUAUGUGACGGAAUUCAACAAAAGGCUGUAUGAGCAGAAGAUCCCUACCCAAAUCUUUUAUAUCCCAUCUGCGGUACUCCUGAUACUGGAAGACAGAACUAUAAAAGGAUGUGUGAGUGUGGAGCCCUACAUCCUUGGGGAGUUUGUGAAGCUGUCCAAUAACACAAAGGUAGUAAAGAAUGAGUACAAAGCCACAGAGUAUGGUCUAGCCUACGGCCAUUUCUCCUAUGAGUUCUCCAAUGGAGCAGAUGUUGUUGUUGAUCUGCAAGGUUGGGUGACAGGUAAUGGGAAAGGCCUCAUCUACCUCACAGACCCCCAGAUUCAUUCUCUUAAUAGCAAAGAUGUUUCACGCUCCAACUUUGGGAAGAAAGGAAUUGAUUACUUUUUUAAUAAUCAACACAUGAAGUGCAAUGAAAUCUGUCGCUGUCUGUCUUUAACAAGACCCCCGGUAGAGCUGCCACUGUAGACUCGCACAAGAUAGUAAUGCAAAGAAUGACCCAUAAGCUGGACAGUAUUUUAUCUUACACACUUUUAGGAGCAUACUGUCUUUGUGAGAUCAGAGCCGCUGAGACGAUACUCAUGUAAGUCCAGCCAUGAGUUUGGCAAGUUUGGGUCUUUGCAUCCAGGCUGGUAAUACCAUGUUACCAACUUGUGUACCAUCUGAACCUCGUGUUGUUGUAGCCAUCUGUAAGAAUGAACAGAACAGAGAAGUAAGAAACAGCCUCUCAAAUUCAGCUGGAUGUGUACUUCAAGACUGUAUAAACUUUGCAUUCAUUCAGACCCAGUAAGGGCAAUAGGCACCAUCUGAUCUUUGGAAAUAGAAUAUGAAGUAGAGAUAGAAGCAGAGAGCUGUAUUUCAACCAUCUGAAAUUUUCAAAAACUUGUAUAAAUGCUUCAGGGAACAAAUGGUAAUGUUUUGGCUUGCUUAAAAAAUAUCAGGGUUUCUUCAGGGGUGUGUAUGUCUGGGUGCAUACGUGAUCACACAACAUCUAAACAGAUGCAAAUAGGGUUUUAACUGUAACUGCCAAGAAAGCUCUGCUGCUCUGCAAGGGAAAAAUAGUGUUCUUGAAUCAAGAGAUGCUUCACAUGAAUAAUCUUGGACUGCUACAUUUAACAAACUCUCAGAAGACUUUCCCAAGAGAAGAACAGCUCUCACUUAAGGAGAGCAUGUCUCUUCUGCCUGUAAUGAAACUGUGAGCAUCGUGGAUUUGGUGAACAAUUCUAUAACUAAUUCUCACCAAUCAUCUCACUGGAUGUCAGUGUAGCUUUCACAAAGGAGCAGUUCUGGGGGGAGAUCUGCAUCUAAUAAGCAUGAGUAAGCAGCUUCAGUGCCAGUUUUGGUUCCAGCUAGGCAGGCAAAGCACCCCUUCCCUUUGAGCUUCUGUCGUCCAGCCUCACAGAGCUGCGAGGCAGAAGAUUGUUCAGGGAAGAGAGGUGCCUUUCUCAGCCAGGUCCCUGGCAGAAGCGGACAGAAGGAGACUUGCAAUUUGCAGCCAGUAGCAAUGGGUUGUACCUCAGUGCUGCUGGACGCACAGCCUGCAGAGAGAGCUUCCAACCCGCUUCUUUUCUGGCACAUCCCAGAAAUACAUUUUUGAAAGUAAAACAGAUGUCUGAUAAUAUUUAAGUGAUAUAUUUACACUUGCCUCUACCAACAACUCACACCAAGAUCCUGAUCCUCCCACCCUACUCUACUCAUACAGCCAAAGACUAAAUUUCUACCUACACGAUGAGUGGUUUUCUUGGCCACUCUGCCUGUGCUGGAGACAUGCUUUACCAUCAUUUUUUACUGUCCUUUACCCCUGAUUUUUAACACCAGGACUGAACAGCCUGUGGCAACAUGUAUGCUGGCCACAUGCUUCAGUAGUGCCUGCCUGGGUUAGAGGCAGCUGCAGCCUUUUACUUUUAUGAAACAAUCUUUCACAGCUUUGUUUUGUUUUGUUGUUUGUUUGUUUUUAAACUAAAGCUCGGGAUUCAUUCACAUGACCUCCUUGGACACCUACAGUAAUUCACGUACUGAUAAGCACUCACUCAUCCACCUCCAAGAGAUCCAACUGCUAGAGUUAAUCUGUCACAGCAAAUUUCAGAAGCACAUAGAGGAGAGCAAUGCGCUCGUAAUUUGGUGAAUUCUAGCUGAAGAGCUGAUUUUUUUUUUCUUUUUUUUUCCUGCACAGGCAUGUUAGCUAAAAAGAGUCAAAUCUGCUGGCAUGGUCAGAUAAUGUAUACAUGUGCUGUAAAGAAAAGAGAAAAAAAAUAAGAGAGGAUGGGAGCUCCUCACACAAAAUGCUGUACCUCUUCAAUGCUAAAUUAAGCCAACUGGAGUGUCUGGGUG